CCUUUUUCCAGAGGCCGCCGAGCCCUUCGGCGGGAUCCAGAGAGACAUACGCGUACUUCCUACUUCUGAGAGGACCGCCUUUACUUUAGGAUCCGAGUCCCAUAGGCUGGCCCGGUUGGUUCACGGCACUCCAAUUGGAAGCAGCGACUUUCCGUUCACCUCACCCCACACCUCCGCUUUUCACGGUGGAUAAGGGAGGGUGACCUCGCCUCGGUUAUUGGGAAGCAUGUCUAUUGCUAGGACUUGGGUAUCAGGCAAAGAACGCCCACGAGUGAAGAAAUGAAGUGGCUUGAGCUGGUCUUUGGCGUCCCGAGAUGUGUCAGUCAAGUGACUGGCGGCGGUAAAGCUGUCGCACGCACCAGACCGGUCAAACAAACCAGGCGGGCGUUGCGGAGGCGGAACUGCAGGCAGGGAGCCGGCUUCUCUGGAUUGGGCCAGGACGGAGGCGGUCCCGCCUCCGUACUCCAGGAUUGGCUGAGUGCGAGCCCCAUCCCCUCCGGCCGACAGUCAUCAGUACAAGAGGCUUGCCCGGCUUGCCUCGAUAGGAGCUCGAGCCACAGCGGAGGAAAGGGGUGUGAACGGUGCUCACUGGGUUCCCGACCAGAUGUGACGUAGAUCCUGGAGUGGCGCGCGCCAUCUCCAGUCCCCUCCCCGUCCUAACUCAGGGAUGUGCAGAUGGAGACCGGAGGAGAUGCUGCUGCCCCAGUCCCCGGAGGUACGGAGGACUUGGAAGCCACGCGGUUCCCCAGUGACGAGGAUGGAGAAGGUGGCGGGAUUCAGAGUAGCCAACUGGAUCCCGGGGACGGGCACCUGGAGGAAACAGGAUCCAGGGACAAAGACCAGUCAUCCAGCCUGCUGUCAUCACCACCCCAGUCAGAGGCCCCAUCAGGCACCUGUGGGCUCUGGGGUCCAGCAGCCCCUAAGAGUAGUCCCAUGGGUGGCCCUGAGAGUGGUCCUGGAAGUCAGGGCGGGGACCCCAGUGAUGAGGACUGGCGCAGCCAGCGGAAGCACGUGUUUGUGCUGAGUGAGGCAGGCAAGCCCAUCUACUCUCGAUAUGGAAGCGUGGAGGCGCUGUCCGCUACCAUGGGUGUGAUGACAGCUCUGGUAUCUUUCGUGCAGAGUGCAGGCAAUGCCAUCCGUGCCAUCUAUGCUGAGGACCACAAGCUGGUGUUCCUACAGCAGGGCCCACUGCUGCUGGUGGCUGUGUCACGGACUCCUCAGUCGGCAGCCCAGCUGCGCAGGGAGCUGCUAGCUGUCCAUGCACAGAUUGUGAGCACACUGACACGCGCAAGCGUGGCCCGCAUCUUUGCACACAAGCAGAACUAUGACCUCCGCCGCCUGCUGGCUGGCUCAGAGCGCACACUGGACCGGCUUCUGGACAGCGUGGAGCGGGACCCAGGUGCACUACUGCUGGGCGCUGUGCGCUGUGUGCCCCUUGCACGCCCACUGCGAGAUGCACUGGGUGCACUGCUGCGACGCUGCACAGCACCCGGCCUGGCACUGUCAGUUUUGGCGGUCGGUGGUCGGUUGGUAACUGCAGCCCAGGAACGGACGGUGCUGGCUGAGUGCCGGCUGGACCCAGCUGACCUGCAGCUGCUGCUCGAGUGGAUGGGCGCACCAGCCUUUGCAGCGGGUGAGGCAUGGGCACCCGUAUGCCUACCCCGUUUCAACCCUGACUGUUUCUUCUACGCUUACGUGGCCCGCCUGGAUGCCAUGCCCAUCUGCCUGCUGCUGCUUGGCACUGACCGUGAGGCCUUCCAUGCCAUGGCCACUUGCCGGCGCCUGGUUGAAGAUGGAAUGCGCACCCUUGGUGCAAUGCGUGCCCUCGGGGAGGCUGCCGGCUUCUCUAAUGCCUCAUCACCCAAUGCCCCACCCUACAGUGUGCAGGCCGUGGGGGCACCCGGCCUCCGGCACUUCCUCUAUAAGCCUCUGGACAUCCCUGACCACCACCGCCAGCUGCCCCAGUUUACCAGCCCCGAGCUGGAGGCCCCCUACAGCAGAGAGGAGGAGCGGCAGCGGCUGUCAGACCUGUACCACCGCCUGCAUGCUCGCCUCCACAGCACCUCCCGGCCCCUGCGCCUCAUUUACCACGUGGCUGAGAGGGAGACGCUGCUGGCCUGGGUAACCUCCAAAUUCGAGCUGUAUACCUGCCUCAGUCCCCUGGUGACCAAGGCAGGUGCUAUCCUGGUAGUGACCAAACUCCUCCGCUGGGUGAAGAAAGAAGAGGAUCGGCUCUUCAUUCGUUACCCACCCAAGUACUCUACACCCCCAGCUGCCUCAAUGGACCAAGCUCCCCAUAAUGGCUCUUUCACUGGACUCUGAGAGAGGGAGCUCCCAGAUGGGGCAGUUCUGGGAGCAAGCAACUUUGGCUCUUACCUCCUGUCUCAACCCUUGGGUUGAGGUAGGGGGCUGUCUGUGGCUGGUUCCUGUCUCCCUGGGGAAUGGGGCGAGAGCUGAGAACCUGCCUACAGACAUUAGGAUGGGUGGCAGAAUAACUGUGCACCAGGCUGUCCCUGCCCCCAGCAUGCACCUCCACCUCUGGGAAAAUCCUUAGGCUUCUCCUUUCCCUUCCCUCUGCCUCACCUCCUCCACCUGGAUAAUGUUCCAGCACGUGUCUGGGACUGUCCCCUCCAAACAUGGAUAACAUACCUUCUGUCUCUACAUCAGGGAUCUGCUUCCUGGAUGUAGUUGCCCCCCAGAAGGUCUAGAGUUAGCCCCAGUCUCUGGGGCAGACCAUGAGAGUUCCAGAAUUGGGAAUGCAGGGCCAGUCUGUGCCUGGAGCCAAAAUGAGGAUGUUCUAAAGAAAACAAAAACUACAUUUUAUUUACAGCCUAAAACUAAGCCCCACAAAGACACUCCUUCUCCCUUCAUGUAGUUCUCUUCAUCUCUUCCCCCUCCCAAACUGGCCCCCAUCAGUGCUGGCUACUGCUAAUAUUAAUGAGAAGGGGCCUCCAGCAUCUACUUAUGGCUUUUACCUCCCGACUUGACCUGGUGGCUAAAUACAGAAUUUUUACAUAGGUAUGCUUAGCUUCUAAGCUUCGUUUUAUUCAUCUGCGAAACUGCUAAAAAACUGUCAUAGACUUGUUAAAAGAGGAUUUGUGAACAAAAAGGGCCUGUAACUCUUAUGUAUCCCCUUACGGCACGUGCACUCUAGCCCCAGAAGUUCACAAAAUAAAUGACCCAAAGUAGGA